AUGACAGGUGUUACGUCUAAAGAGGGGACUAGAGAUGCAAGAUGGCAGCCACCACGGGCUCGGACAAUUUAUGAAAACCAAAUAUACAGCCUUAAAACAGAAUGUGGACCUAAAUACCCAGAAGCACCCCCCUUUGUAAGAUUUGUAACAAAAAUUAAUAUGAAUGGAGUUAAUAGUUCUAAUGGAGUGGUGGACCCAAGAGCCAUAUCAGUGCUAGCAAAAUGGCAGAAUUCAUAUAGCAUCAAGGUUGUCCUGCAAGAGCUCCGGCAUCUAAUGAUGUCUAAAGAAAACAUGAAACUCCCUCAGCCGCCUGAAGGACAGUGUUACAGCAAUUAAUCAAAA